GGCGAGUACAUGUUCACUUAUGCUGUGAGGGUAAGCAAUUGGAAAUCUACAUAUUUAUAGUUACAGAUAGACUCGUUCGGGUACACAUGAUGAUGUGAAUUCCUUAGAUUCGAGGAGCAUGGCAGGGGAUCGAGGAUCGUUGUGGUAGGGGGGAUUGUUAAUAUGGGAAAGGGAAGUAUCAUAUGCAUGAAACGCUUAGUACAGCAAGGCACGAGUGCAGGCACGACACGAGGACGGAGGCAUACUAUAUCUUCCGUGAGCACUUCGUCUAAAGCCUCAAUAGCGGAAUGCAAGAGGACGAAGAUUUUGACGGGUCACUGGAGGAGAUGCGGAUGAUGUUAGGCGCUAGCAAAAAUCGCACUCAGAGACGCAGCAAAUCGAAAGAGCACGUGCGAGACGCACACGUGCUCUCAGCAAGCAGAUGCGAAUCCC